UAUCGUCGUUGUCUUACACCACCGCAUUCAUUGGACACAUCGACAUCGCGUUUCCAACUAUUUUCGGUGCUUUUCUGUCAUUCCUUCGUCUACCGCAGUAGUCUCUUGAAAGAGAUUUUAAUUUAUUAAACAAAUUCGAUUUUAUCAAUAAAAAUAAAAUGAAGAACUAUCUCCUUCUGCUGCUGCUAGUCAGCCCUCUAAUCAUUUGCACCUUCAACAGCCCUAAGACCUUUUCCGCCUUCGCUGAAGACGACAUCGAAGAUGACCUCGUCGAUGUGGAGGGUGAUGAUGGAGCAGUGACUGGCGAGGACGUCGAGGUAGAUGACGAAGGCGAGACGACGAAGUCUCCAAAUGCAGACACCUACUUGCUCUUCACGAAACCUCUGUACACUCCUGGAGUUCAGCUCGAUCUGCCCGGUGGCAAACCCGUUGAGUUCCUAAUCGGCUUCUCCAACCAAGGCCAAGACGACUUCGUCAUUGAGACCGUUGAGGCUUCUUUCCGCUACCCCAUGGACUUCAACUACUACAUCCAGAACUUCUCUGCCGUCGCCUACAACCGUGAGGUCAAAGCUGGCUACGAAGGAACCGUCUCCUACUCGUUCUUACCCUCAGACACCUUCGCUGGACGUCCUUUCGGACUCAACAUUGGCCUUAACUACCGCGACUCGAACGGUGCCCACUUCACUGAGACUGUCUUCAACGAAACUGUCCUCAUUUCCGAAGUAGAUGAGGGUUUGGACGGAGAGACCUUCUUCUUGUACGUUCUCCUCGGAGGAAUCGUCAUCCUUCUCUUGGUUCUCGGUCAGCAGAUGCUCCUCGGUUCCUCUGGCAAGAGGAAGCGUUUCACCACCACAAAGAAGACCAUCGAAACUGGAACCACCAGCGACGGCAACAUCGAUUACGACUGGGUUCCAGAAGAAACUCUUCGUGCUCUCCAAAAAUCACCACCCAAGUCACCGAAAUCCAAGACAUCUCCCAAGCCAAAGGCUAGCCAGAGCCCAAAGCAAAGCCAGAGCCCCAAACAAAGGAAGGCGAAACGCUCAGCUGGCUCUGAUGAUUAGAGUAUAAGACUGUAUGGUAGUGUUCUGUAAUUUUAUGAGAAUUAUGAGUUUUGUAGAGCUUGAGAUGUUUUUUGUCUUCGUUACUUGAAGACCUUGAAGUUUUUCUUUAUUUUUUUGAUACUCUUUUUGUUUACGAUACCAUAAUACUUUUUUUUUUAAACAAAUAAUUUCAUUCAUAAGUUAUCCGUAAAUAAACUUACAAAAGCUAAAAACACAAAAGUUGAGUUUCCAAGACUGUGCUGCAAUAAAAGGCCGACGUACGUGGUUUUGUCGGUUAUUUUCUUUUUUUUUAAUAAAACUUAAUUUUGUAGCACAAUGAAAAUUUGAUAGAAAGAAAAGAAUAAAGAAAUUCAAAAAGAAAAACAAA